AUGCCACCAUUCUUUUGCGCUGGUGUAUCGACAAUAAUUGUCGCAAUUAUUUCGGAUCGUAAACGUGUUCGUGGUCCAAUUAUGAUUUUGUCUUCAAUUAUUGGAAUUUUGGGUUAUAUACUAUUAAUCAUACCUUCAUUAAGCGCCCCUGCAAAAUAUGUUGGAGCUUGUAUUGUUGGAACGGGUUUAGUUCCUGCUGUCACGACUGCAGUCGCUUGGAUAGCGAAUAACAUAGCAGGUCACGCGAAAAGGGGUAUAGCGGCAGGAAUGGUAUUAAUGAGUGCAAAUAUAGGUGGUAUAAUAGCAUCACAAAUUUAUCGAGAAAAAGAUUCUCCAAAUUAUACAUUUGGUAAUUCAAUGGCCUUGGGAUGUUUGGUUGUUGCGACUUGUAUUGCAGCCUUACAAUAUUUUAUUUAUAAAACUUUAAAUGAGAAAAAGAGGAAAAAUCCACAAUCAUUUUUGCAAGGAAAAAGUGAAGAAGAAAUUAGAAAUUUGG